CGGCACGGACAUGACGAUGAGCUGGUCCGACCUGCCGGCCGACCUCGUAGCGGCGGUCGCCGACAGGAUCGGCGACCACGCCGAUUUCGCCUGCUUCCACUCCGUGUGCCCGUCCUGGCACUCGGCGUCGGCGGCGCACGGCGCCCGCCGCAGCGCUCCCCUGCUCCUCCUGCCUGCCGAAAACCACUUCCGCGUCGACCGCCGCCUCUGGUCGCUCGCGGAUGACCGGAUCGUGAGGAUCCCCGUGCCCGCCGCCAGCGGCUUCUUCCUCUUCGCCUCGCCGGACGGCUGGACGCUCGCCGUGGACCGCUACUUCUCGGUCGGCUUACCCGGGCUGCCGCCCUCGUUCCGCAACGACCCUGUCGUUCGUCGCGACAUGGUGUGGGAUCGGUCGCCACACGCCGUCAUGAUCGCCCUGCGGAGCACCAAGAUGCCGUGCUUCUGCCGGCCGGGGGACCAGUCGUGGAGCCCGGUGGAGUGCCUGGAGGAGCUCAGCCAGGUCAGCAGCAUCACCUACUGCGACGGCGCGUUCUAUCUCUUCGAUGCGGGGACCCGCAAGACGGUCUGCCUGGACAGCGAAACCUUCGCCGUGUCUGCCGUGAUCGAGCCGCCGCCGGCGCAGCUGAUGCGCGAGCCCACGCUCGCCGUGUCGUCCGCCGAGCUCAUCAUGAUCGGCCGGACGCAUGUCUUGCCCCCGGGAGGAUUCGACGGCCCGGUGAAGCUCCGCAGGGCGAGGGCCUUCCGUUGGGACCGCAGGAACCCCACGAGCUGGGCGGCGGUCGAAGACAUCGGCAACCGCGCCGUGUUCGUGGACAGCUUCCGGGGGUUCUACGUCGAGGCCAACGGAUUCAACGGGGUGCGGCGGAACUGUGUGUAUGUCGCGAGCUCGCACCCGUCCGCGAAACGCGACGGGAGGUGCGCCGUCUCCGUGCUGGACCUCGCUGGCCUCGCCAUCGAGCAUCUCUCGGUCGGGAACCUAAGCAGCUGCCGGUCCAGUAGAUUCUGGCAACGGCCUUCGUGGUGCAUGCCAAAUCUCUGCUGA